UUUGGUAAUUCUGCGGAGGUAUCAUCUAACUAGGUCUGAGAUUCUUAGCAUGAAAGAUGGCGAGUGGGUUUCUAGUGCUGUUGUGAACUGCAUCGUGGAUGUACUUGUACUUGAACAGUUCACUAAUGAUGAUUUGGUAAAACGCUACUACUUUCCCUCAUAUUUUGCGGAAAAGAUUCUAAAAGAUGAACCCCCGAGUCUUGAUGAGUUGAAUGCUUUUUAUGACCCAAGCCUACUUAGAUAUGAUCUAUGGCAAUAUGACAUGUUAUUCAUCCCACUUUGCAUCCUGCACCACUGGUUCCUAUAUGUCAUAAAUCUAAGGGACAAGAAGAUGCAGAUUCUUAACAGCUUACCAGAGUUUAUAAUCCAAAUAGAACCCAAGCAUCAUUUUAGAAUGAAAGAAACUUGUAGCCAAAUACUGAGUCACUUGAGCGGAACACCCAUGCCAAUUACAGAAUGGGGUGUAGAAUUUACUUACCUUCCAAUUCAAAAAAACAAAAGCGAUUGUGGUAUAUUCAUGAUAAAGUACAUGGAGUAUUGGGAUGGGCAAUUAACAAAGUCCUUUUCACAGGAUGAUAUUCCAUACUUUCGCCGGAAGAUUACAGCUGAUUUAUUGUUGCACUCAGAAAAUAAGAUCAAAUAUUUACAAUUUUGAAGAAGCAAAAGGGUUAAUUUUCUCAGGUUUUUUAUUUUUCUUACCUCAGUA